AUGUCCUCUAAAUCAUUCUCGAUCCUCGGAAAGAACAUCAAGGCGCAAUCUCGAGCCGACCUCGAGCCUUACAUCUCGGAGCUCGAAAAGUUCGAGGAUGUCGAAGAGGUUCAUUUUGGAGGCAACUCGCUCGGUGUUGAAGCUUGUCAGGCUAUCGCCGAGGUCUUGAAAACCAAGAAGAGUCUCAAGGUCGCCGACUUUGCUGAUGUCUUCACCGGGCGUUUGAUUAGCGAGAUCCCUACUGCUCUGUCUGCCAUCUGUGAUGCUCUUCAGUCUCACACUUCCUUGGUCGAGUUGGACCUCUCGGACAAUGCCUUUGGAGGGCGAUGUGCGGACGCCAUGGUUCCCUUUCUCGAGAACAACCGCCACCUCCAGGUCUUCAAGCUGAACAACAACGGGCUUGGUAUCUGGGGAGGUACCGUCGUCGCCAAGGCUCUCCUUGAGAAUGCAAAGAAGUCAAAGGCUGCUGGAGAGGAAUCCAACUUGAAGACCGUCGUAUGCGGAAGGAACAGGCUGGAAAACGGCUCGGCGCCUUACUUUGCCGAAGCCUUUGCUGCCCAUGGCAACCUGAUCGAGGUCCGCCUUCCUCAGAAUGGGAUCCGGAUGGAGGGCAUCCACGCGCUAGCUCAGGGGUUGAGCAAGUGCCCCAAGCUCGAAUCGCUCGAUUUGCAGGACAACACCUGUACCGAGUCCGGUACCCGUUCGAUCUCGGCUUCGCUACCAUCAUGGCCGGAACUCCGCACUCUCAACCUCUCUGACUGCCUCUUGAGCCCGAAGGGGGGUGUCUCCCUCGCCACCGCUCUCGAGAAGGGUGCCAAUCCCAAAGUCGAGACGCUCAAGCUGCAGUACGGAGAGAUGGACGCCCGAGCGAUCCACAUCCUCGCCAAGGCGAUUCAGGAGCACCUCUCGUCGCUGACCACCCUCGAGCUGAACGGAAAUCGGGCCGAUCCUGAGGACGAGUGUAUCGAGAGGAUCAAGGAUGCUUUGGCCAGUCACGGACAUGAGGACGCCUUGGAUGAGCUCGACGACAUGGAGGAGCCAGAGGAUGACGAGGAUGAGGCUUCCGAAGACGAGAAGGAAUCCUCGGACGAGAAGGCCGACGAGGUUGUUGAGCCAGUGUCGAAGCCUAUUGAUUCCGCCGAUCAGUAA